AUGUCCAUUACGGAAGAGAAACCUAGUGCGUCGUUCGAGCUUGUGCCAUCGUCCCUGUUUGUACCUAAAGAUUCGGAUCGCUUUACCCUGAAUGCUGCCGGGAAGUAUGUGAAACACGAUGUCGUGACAGGCAUGUACAUUUCUACGCGUGCAGCAAUUUUGCCAGCGACUUACGACAACAAGAAGAAAGACAAGAAUAUCGGGAGGCCUUACGUCGUUCUAUCAGACGAGGAAGACAUAUCGGGUAAGCUGAAGAGGAAUGCCGUGAUAACGCCCGUCUAUACCUUGCGUGCAGGAUUAGCAUGGGAAGAAACUUCCGAGAUGACUAGCAUGUUCUGCUUUGAUAACGCCAUCGUUGAGUACCGCGAUAAUAUCGGUAUCCCUGCGCCUUCUGCCAACAGCUUGACCGGUGUAAAGUCCUGCUACAUGGAGACCUACGCAUCUGUCGGCAUCCCGCUUACUCGCUACCACUGGCUCCUGGCAAUGCUCAGAUCUACAGGCGUAAACGUGGCAUCGAGCGAACGCGACCAAGAAUUCAGCGACUAUGUAUGGACGAACGCAAACAUAACCAAGAAUUAUCACCCGGUUGCCCUGAUAGAGACGGAGGGCGGGCUAAACAGCUACGGAGACACCGACAAGAACCUGAUGCACAUCAUUCGUCAAGCAAGGUCAAACGUUAUCGGUGUUGUCGGCGUGGAGAUCACUCUGAAACGCGGGAAGGAUUACGCAGCAUCAGGAAUUCGUCGUGUCACGCUAAGCCUGAAGAGCAUGCAAGUCCAUGAUUUAACAACGAUACGCUCGCCUCCCCUGAACAGAGCCCUCGUCUUUGAGAGCAGUGGAACGAAAGCAUCCAAACGUCUUAUCGAAGCGCUGCAACCCAAGAAUCGUGACAUCAGCUCAGCACAGGCCCCUAAGAAAGUUUUGACAGAUAUUCAUGGGGCCGUACGCCUUCCGGAGAGCAAGGAGGAGGGGAACGCGAAACUGCCUGACAUCUCUAGCGCUCUUCGAUUCCACCGUGAAGAAGUCCGGAUACAGGUUGCAAAAUAUAUCAGCCGGUGCGAGGAAGCCAUCAUAGGGCCCAUCGACAUAAGAAUAAAGCGAUACCUGGAGAUAAUACCAGACUUCAUGCCGAUCUCCACCUUGAUGAUAGGACAAGAACCGUACAGGCCCGAGAUUCUCCCUCACAUCGCAUCAGCCUUCGCGUUCAACCCACAUGUUGUAGAUGGCUACACUCCUACAGUCCAGGUAUUAGGACAGAUGAUCACCGUUAACGAGCCGUCGAAACUCCGUGAGGUAAUGGACAUAAUGACGUGCAGCUAUUCUAUACUACCGCGAGGCGUCUGCUGCUUAAACGUAACGCCCUUCCGCAGGAUGUCCGAUCAGGAAACCCUUAAAGCACGAUCGUAUUUCGCCGACUUCAUAAGCACUAUCCUUGCCUCCUGCGCGAAGAUGGGUUGUACAAAGCUAUCAGUAAUCUGCUUGGGAGACGUAGCGAAGCAGAACUUCAAGAUAUGCAAGAGCUCAACUCCGAAACUACUCACGAGGACGAUGAAGAUCGAGAAGGUCUACCUGCACAACCCGGUUUUCAUGUCACGCACAAAGGUUCCAAAGAGGCACGAUAAAUGUGUGAAGCCGUCUGCGAUAUGCAAGGACGUACAUGACUUUCUCACCGAAGGAGACCACGUAACAACAACAUACGUCAGCGCAUCUUACACCUUAGCAAUCUACAGCAAAUGGGACGUCUUUCUUAUGGGCAGCCUGGAUUCUUUGGCAUCCGCUUUUCAGCACCUUGAGAUCCGCGAUAUAGACGAAGGCAAGAACCAAAUAAUUGCCGUUGCACUCAGGCGUAACUCGUCCAAUAUAUCAAUGUCGGGCUAUCAAGCACCAAGACCACCGGGACCAAACGACUUCCAAGUUCGUGCCUUCUCUAUAAUGAGCCGGAUAAACGCGACCGCGAAUGAGAUGAAGGAGGAGAUGACGAGGACGUGCGAGGCAGUAAAGGAAGCACUUGCAGACUGUGAUAGCCCCGAAGCUCUCGCGAAACUCAGAUGCCUGGACGAUCUCAUAUGUUCCUGCGGGGCCGCUGUCGCAUUCCUAGCAUCCAUCAAUCCCUCCCUGACCGCCGCUUCCUCCCACGUAGAUGCCACCAGCCCAGCUGUAACGCCUAUAAUCAAGACCCGUGCCAUCGUCGACGAACACAUAGAUUUCUCGUCCCUGCUCAGCAACAUAUCACUUAAAGGGGAGGCACCUGCAUCGGAGUCAACGUCGGAGGAGGAAGCACGUGAGAGGCCAGAGAGGAAGAAGAAGAAGAAGCCCGGGAACGGCAAGACAGGCAAGGAACGGAAGACGUGGGUGGAAAAGAAGAAACGGAGAAACUCGGAAAGCGGUAGCUCCACGCAGAUUGCUACUUCCGACCCCGAGAUUGGUGGUACCGACGACUACGACGAAGACUUCCACGAAUACUCCGACCCGGAACAAGACGAGUACGAUCUGCUUUCAUCAGGGUUUAACGUUGGCAUGUCGGGAGUCGUAAGGGGGGGACAACGAAGAGAAGGAGGAGCCUGCCGACACCGAUACACCGCCACACCUUAUCCCAGCUCGCGAGAGCCCUGCAACGUCCGACACGGAAUCCAUCAUAUCCUCAGCUUCAGGCAACGUGGUUAUAUCGAGGUCAAGGCGCAGCACUGUAUCGUCCAACGUGUCAACGACCUCCUCUACGACAUCGAAGGCACCGGUGAUAGUCCUCCGUCGCAGAUAAACCACCUUUUAAAAGCUACUCACGAUGAGGAUAUUACGAACGAUUUGCAACGUGUCUGA